UUCAUCUCCUGAAUUACUCCUCACCACUUUUCUGUUUCUUUUAAGUUAAUGAUAAAGCUCUCUCUGCUCUUCGAUAUCAUUCAAAACAAAUCAACAUGUCUUUAUCAUUAGCUGCAACUUCGAAUUUUUAUAAACUUCAAAUCAUGAGCGUUCCUUCCUCAUCUAGUACAAUCAAGCCUUGUUUUAAUAAAGCUUGCUGGAUUAAAUCUUCCCUACAGUCUCCUCUUCAAUUACCCGAACAACCUCAUUGCUCACAUAAUAUCACGAAAGAUGACUCGGGUUCGAGUCCUUCCACACCACGAAGAUGGAAUUUACUACAAAAGGCGGCAGCCACGGCUUUAGACAUGGCGGAGAAGGCCUUGCUCUCGCUUGAAGCCAAACAAACACUCUCCAAGACAGCUGAUCCAGCAGUACAAAUGGCCGGCAACUUUGCUCCGGUGCCCGAAUCAUCUGUCCGACAAAAUUUACAAGUUAUAGGGACCAUUCCUGAAGAUAUAUCCGGCGUCUACGUGAGAAACGGUGCAAAUCCAUAUUUCGAGCCUGUUUCCGGACACCACUUAUUUGAUGGUGACGGAAUGGUUCAUGCGGUUAUGAUAAACGGCAAUUCGGUGAGUUAUGCAUGUAGGUUUACGAAAACUGAAAGGCUUGUUCAAGAACGAGAUUUGGGUAGACCGAUUUUCCCUAAGGCUAUCGGUGAGCUUCAUGGACACUCGGGUAUAGCUCGAUUGGCACUCUUUUAUGCCCGAGGGCUAUUCGGCUUGGUUGAUCCGAGCCAUGGAAUUGGUGUAGCUAAUGCUGGCCUUGUUUAUUUUAAUGGCCGACUUUUGGCCAUGUCGGAAGAUGAUCUUCCCUAUCAAAUUCAAGUCAGCGAGAGUGGUGAUUUAGAGACUAUUGGUCGAUAUGACUUCGAGUCGCAAUUGAAGUCUUCGAUGAUAGCUCAUCCGAAAGUUGACCCCGUGUCGGGUGAGCUAUUUGCUUUGAGUUAUGAUGUUAUUAAGAAACCCUACUUGAAGUAUUUUCGAUUUUCUAAAGAUGGUGAGAAAUCUCGUGAUGUUGAGAUCCCCUUGGAUAUCCCUGCAAUGACGCAUGAUUUCGUGAUAACAGAGAAUUUUGUUGUGAUUCCUGAUCAACAAGUGGUGUUCAAGCUACAAGAAAUGUUGAAGGGAGGUUCCCCGGUUACGUAUGACAAAAACAAGAUGUCUAGGUUUGGAAUUUUAUCCAAAUAUGCCGAAGAUUCGUCUGAUAUUAUUUGGAUUGAUUCACCCGAGAAUUUUUGUUUCCAUUUAUGGAAUGCAUGGGAAGAACCGGAUUCGGAUGAAAUUGUCAUUAUCGGCUCAUGCAUGACACCACCCGACUCCAUAUUCAAUGAAUCCGAUGAGGGUCUCGAAAGUGUUCUUUCUGAAAUUCGGCUAAAUUUAAGGACGAGAAAAUCUACAUGUCACGCCAUAAUGAGUCCAUCAGAGCAAGUGAAUAUUGAGGUUGGAAUGGUGAAUCGGAAGAAACUAGGCCGAAAAACGGAGUUUGCCUACUUGGCCAUUGCCGAACCGUGGCCUAAAGUAUCUGGUCUGGCCAAAGUGAACUUAUUUACUGGAGAGGCACAAAAAUAUUAUUAUGGCGACGAAAGGUAUGGCGGGGAGCCAUUCUUUUUGCCUUCAAACUCCGACAGAGAAGACGAGGGACACAUUAUGGCAUUCGUUCACGACGAAAAGACAUGGCAAUCAGAGCUUCAAAUCAUCAACUCUGCGAACAUGGAAUUAGAAGCCACAGUUAAGCUUCCGUCGAGGGUGCCUUAUGGAUUCCACGGAACAUUCAUCAGCUCCGAGGAAUUGGUACAAUAAGUACAAAAAUUUGGUAAAAUGAAAGAGUGGUAAUUAAUUGAUGUCAGUACCAUGCUGGUGUUUCCCCGGACUCUCCUUAACAUAUAUUAGCUAGAAGACAUGUAUGUAGUUAAUCUUGAAGUAAUGCUGACCUACGUCGUUAAAAGAGAAUUAAAGGGAGCCAAGCUUGUAGCUCGAUUGUAAUAUUGUUAGAGCUCAGCUGGUUUCUUGUGUAUAUCAAGCUUAUCCUUUUUUUUUCCAAACCAAUGUCCGGUCAUUUUGCGCACAUCUCGACUAAUCCGGUUGAUAAAUAUUAUAGUCCACUUAUUUCCAGAAUUGUCCAGGAAAUGAAACUCGUGACCUCAAGAUAGUAAGCCUUAAGCGUUAAGCGUCACUAUCCAACCAUCUGGACAUCCGGUAUGAUAGGCUUAUCCGCUUUGCUUGUAAACACUUG